AUGGCUGACGCUUUGAAGGCAGAGGGCAACAAGGCCUUCUCUGCUAAGGAUUACCCUACUGCUAUCGAGAAAUUCUCCGAGGCUCUUGCCAUCGAGCCCCAAAACCACAUUCUUUUCUCCAACCGCUCCGCUGUCUACUCCGCGCAACACGAAUACCAAAAAGCCCUUGAGGAUGCCGAGAAGGCCAUCGAGAUCAAGCCCGACUGGUCCAAGGGCCAUGCCCGUAAGGGAGCCGCCCAACGUGGCUUGGGAGACCUUUUGGCUGCUUUCGACGCCUACGAGGAGGCUCUGAAGAUCGAGCCUGGUAACGCGCAGGCCAAGUCCGGCCUGGAGGCCACUCAGCGCGCCAUCAAUGCGGAGGCUACCGCUGACGGUGUCACUGGUGAUCCCACAGGAGGUCUUGGAGGCAUGUUCAACGACCCAGCCCUGUUCCAAAAGCUCGCCAACAACCCCAAGACCGCUUCCCUCCUCGGUGAUGCGGAGUUCAUGGCCAAGUUGCAGAAGAUCCAGCAGAACCCUAACAGUGUUGGUGAGGAGAUCCGUGACCCUCGUUUCCUGCAGGUCAUGAGUGUGCUUCUCGGUAUUGAUAUGAACUUCGGCGGCGAGGGCGCUGAGCCCCCAGUUCCCGAAUCUAAGCCCAGCGCUUCGCAGCCCAAGAAGGCGCCUACCCCGGAGCCCGAGCCCCAGGACGAAGAGGCCAUCGCCAAGAAGCAGGCCCAGGAGGCGGGUGACGCCGAGAAGAAGAUCGGUAACGAUUUCUACAAGAAGAAGCAGCUUGACGAGGCCAUUGAGCACUACUCCAAGGCUUGGGAACUCAACAAGGACAUCACCUACUUGAACAACAUCGGUGCUGCUAAGUUCGAGAAGGGUGAUUACCAGGGCACUAUUGAGACCUGUCAAAAGGCCAUUGAGGAGGGCCGCGACCUUCGCGCUGACUUCAAGCUUAUGGCUAAGGCCUACACUCGUAUCGGAACCGCUUACGAGAAGCUCAACGAUCUUACCCAGGCCAUUGAAUUCUACAACAAGUCACUUAUGGAGCACCGUACCCCCGACGCCCUGACCAAGCUCCGCAACGCUGAGAAGACCAAGAGCACCACCGAGAAGAAUGCCUACAUGGAUCCCGCCGAGGCCGAGAAGGCUCGUGAACUUGGCCAGCAGAAGUUCCAGGAGGGUGACUGGCCCGCCGCCGUCGACGCUUUCACCGAGAUGACCAAGCGCGCCCCCACCGACCCCCGCGGUUACUCCAACCGUGCCGCCGCUCUCAUCAAGCUGAUGGCAUUCCCCGGUGCCGUGCAGGAUUGUGACGAGGCCAUCAAGCUCGACUCCAAGUUCAUCCGUGCGUACAUGCGCAAGGGUACUGCCCUCAUCGCAAUGAAGGAGUACAACCGUGCUCUGGAUACUUUCACUGAAGCUGCCGAUCAUGACGAUGGCAAGCACGCCCGUGAGAUCGAGCAGCAGCAGCAGAAGUGUCUGGAUGCGCAGUUCAGUGCUCGCGCCGGUGAGACCGAGGAGCAGACCAUGGCUCGUAUUCAGAACGAUCCCGAGAUCAUGUCUGUCCUCCAGGACCCCGUUAUGCAGAGCAUUCUCCAGCAGGCCAAGAGCGAUCCCGCCGCCUUGCAGGAGCACAUGAAGAACUCGCAGGUGCGGAUGAAGAUCCAGAAGCUGAUGGCUGCUGGUGUCAUCCGCAUGGGGAGGUAA